AAACAUUGGUCCUUCGAGCUGGAUAUUUCCGUGUGAAAGACUAUCGCACGGAAAAACAACCUCACACUUCGUGACUGAUGAAGAACACGGAGCCUCGAGACAAACAUCUCGAGAGUUGCAGUGGAAUUUAGAAGAGAGACACAGGCAAUCUCUAAGCUUAAAGGUUCAUGAGUCGUGGGCAAAGGAAUCACAACAGCCUGGGCUGAAGAUAGAUAUUAGGCAUACCAGCAGCAACAUCGAGAACAACGGCCGAGCACGGGCGUUGAUAUUUCAAACGCAGACGAGUGGAUCAUCAAUCAACAAGGCAUCGUUACAUCGUAAAGUUUCAAUAAUAUCUGUAACGAACAUUGAACGAAUUCAUUGUAAACCUACACUCAAGGAAUGGGAGACAAGUCGCCCAGAUGCGACGAUACCCACUUUCAAGGAACUCAUAGACUUUCUAUCAAAAACAUGUCAAGGUUUGGAAGCAGUCGCUAAUAAGUUGUCCAUGAUGCGAUUGAAUUCUGAUGCGGGAGGUACUCAGAAGGCCAAAAAUCCCAGUACACGUAGUUACAACAAAUCAAACUUGCGUUCAUUAACUAAGGCCCAUCAGGCAAAAAACUGUUCAUCUAGUUUAUGUCGGAAGUGCGGGAAAGCACACAAUACUUUACUUCAUUUCAGUCAAAGACUAAUGAAACAAAGAGCAAUGAUCAAUUUACCUCGUCCUCACCUAAUUCAAAACAGGAAGCCUUACUUGAAUCAGUUUCUCCGGGUUUUGUUGGAUAGCGGAUCACAAUUGAAUUUUAUCACGGAGGAUUUGGCGAACAAAUUACAGUUAAAUGGUAGAGCAUUGCAUAUGGCAAUUUCUGGAAUAGCUGAAGGAACGUUUGAUUCAAAAAGACAAGUCGAGGAAUUUCAUCCUGUUUCGGAGUUCAAAAUACCGUGGAAUAUUGUAUUGGCAGAUCCAAACUUUAACGUUCCAGGUGAAGUUGAUUUGCUCCUAGAAGCUCAAGUAUUUUGGGAGCUCAUUUGUGUAGGCCAAAUUAGGGCAUGUAAAGCGCAUCCCACAUUGCAAAAAACAAAGUUAGGCUGGGUGAUUUCUGACACGUCGUACGGAUAUAACGGAGAGCAGGCGUCAGCAUUGUGUCAUCUGUCCACGAUCGAUGACUUAAAUAAGUCUAUUUCCAAAUUUUGGGAACAAAAUGUACAUCGUAACGACACAGGUCGUUUUAUAGUUAAACUGCCGAUAGAUGAAGAAAAAAUACGGCAGAUAGGACAAACGAGGGAAAUCGCGAUACGUAGAUUCACCAACCUGGAAAAACGCUUGUUAACACAAACUGAAAUGUAUUACCGUUAUCGUAAGUUCAUGCAGGAAUACAUUGAUUUGAAGCAUAUGCAACAAGUUGAGGAUGUUAAGGAUGAAGGGGCUUACUAUUUACCGCAUCAUGCGGUUCUCAAGGAAAGUAGCGUAACAACUAAAUUGAGGGUAGUUUUCGAUGCGUCGUGUAAGGGUACUUUAGGAUCAUCAUUGAAUGAUGCAAUGUUGGUUGGCCCGACCAUACAAGAAGAUUUAUUCUCGAUUUUGGUACGCUUUCGAACCUUCCAAUAUGCAAUGACUGCGGAUAUCACAAAAAUGUAUAGGCAGGUGCUUGUUGAUGAGUCUCAAAGACAUUUCCAACGCAUAUUAUGGCGUAAUUCCCCUCAAGACAAGCUGAAAACUUUCGAGCUUCUUACACUCACGUACGGCACAGCUUCUGCUUCAUUUUUAGCCAUUAGAGUAAUACAUAAACUAGCAGAAGAUGAGAGUGAAUUAUUUCCCAUCGGUUCAAGAAUAAUAUUACGCGACUUCUAUGUUGAUGACUUGCUGACUGGAUCAUCAACACUAGAAGAAGCAUUGGAGAUUAAAAAACAAAUCACUGAAUUGCUUAAGAAGGGAGGUUUUGAGUUGACGAAGUGGUCGGCCAAUCAUCAUGCUCUUCUGGAGGUCGGAGGUCCUCAUGAAAAGAAACUUAACCUAACUUCUGACGUUAACAAUGAGAUUAGAGCACUCGGAUUAUUGUGGAACUGUGAAUCGGAUGUCUUCAAAUUCGAAAGUAUAGGAAAUUUAUUGCCAUUGGAGAAGCCAACCAAACGCAGCAUAUUGUCUAGAAUAGCCUUGGUGUUUGAUCCGUUCGGAGUGUUAGGGCCGUCCGUCAUAAUAGCAAAGAUAUUGAUGCAGGAUUUGUGGAGCGCAAAGGUUGAUUGGGAUGAAUCUGUGUCACACGACUUACACACAUUGUGGAAAGAGUACGAAUGUAAAUUACAAGUCCUCAGCGACAUUGAGAUAACGCGCAAAGUGAUAGUACAUGGUAAACUACAGAGAUUAGAGGUUCACGGUUUUUCGGACGCUAGUCAAAGAGCAUAUGGAGCGUGCAUUUAUGUUCGUUCUAUUAAUAAUAACAACCAAACCGCAGUUCAUUUGCUGUGCUCCAAAUCGCGUGUAGCGCCACUCAAAGCAUUGUCGAUUCCGCAUCUAGAACUUUGCGCAGCGUUAUUGUUGGCUCAGCUCAUGAGAAAGGUGUUAAACUGCUUACCAUUCUGUGUAUCUGUGGACCGACUCGUGUAUCGUUUUGUGUUGGUUACGGUCCUGUAG